AUGUGGGAAAUGGGCUCAAUGAAGCGACGUUAUGCUGUUCCUACAAGUAUCUUGUCAGAACCUUCUGCACGAUCUAGAACUGUAGAAGAUUUGCAUGCCUGGAGUAUUUAUAGACAAAAUCUCAAUUCGGAUUUUACUGACAGUGCUUUGGGAACUUCAGAAAAGUCUCAACCUCCUUUUGGAAACUUCCACCUCCAGGAAUCAACGGUACAGAAAAUUCUCCGUCAUCCUAAAUAUGGCCGACCAGAGCAGCAAUCAGAUUUGGGUGGUACUGCUUUCUCUUACUUGCGAUUCGGUUUGCCUCGAGUAUUUCCUCCAUCACGAGUUCAUUACAAUGGCUCAAGUGGUUAUGAUUCGAGUGAUGACGGGUCACCAUUAACGGAAAGCAGACGAGCUCGCACUAAUAUGGAAUUUCGUAAUCAAGUAACCAAACAAAGUGACCACAUGGCUGAAACGUCAUUUGCACGUCCAGAUCAACAUCCUAGAGCUAGUAGCGAAGCUGACCUCUUGAGUCACGAAAUUUACAACCAUAAGGAUUAUCGUAGCUCCAAACAACGAGCUCAGCACGCCUCCCGAAACGGAUAUCAACGGGAUCCAAUGCCAGGAGUAAUUGGUCGUCAGGAAAGUCGUAAGCCUGCAGAAUCUAAAGCUGAAUCUAACCUCACUUUCAACUCAUCUGAGUCUAAAGGUCAUCGUGAUGUCCAGAAAGGAACACCCGUGGGCAAAAACAACAAUGUUCCUUUCACGCAUCCUCAUUUGCAGGUACGCGAAAUGGUUUACGAGAUCGACAAGACUUCUUUAUUCCAGAGUCUGUGUGGGAGUGCCAAGACAAAACUUAAACUUCUAGAUGGCUUGUCUUUUGAGGUCCAUGGUGGAGAGAUUCUAGCUAUUAUGUCAACUACAGAACUAGAGGGCACCACCAUACUAGAUAUCUUGGCUGAUCGUUACGACAAGUGGCGAAGUUGUCUUCUUGGGGAGAUCAUUGUCAAUGGUCUCCACAUGACACCAGCAAAGUUAAAAUCUUGUGUUGCUUAUGUUGAACAGAACUCUGACUUCAGUCCAGACCUGAGUGUCCAACAAACUCUUCUCUUCGCCUCCUUCCUAAAGAAACCUAGUGAUCCUAACAGAAACCGAGACCCCAAAGGACGGAUCAAUGCAUUACUGGAAGAUCUCGGUCUUGGAGAAGUUAAACAUACACGAGUCCGAGAUAUUACAAAAUCUGAAAAAUGUCGGCUUAAUGUGGCUUGUCAGCUUCUUCUAAAUACAGAUAUCGUGCUAUUGGAUCAACCCUUGAAAGACAUGGACAUCUUUGACACCUUCUUUCUAGUGGAAUACCUUCGCCAAUGGGCUGCAAGUGGGCGUAUUGUUGUUAUUACCCUCCACCCACCGACAUAUGAAAUAUUUUCCAUGAUUUCAAGGACUGCCUUGAUUUCCAUGGGCAAAAUGCUAUACUUUGGCAAGAGGAAAGACAUGCUACCGUACUUCGCUUACAUCAAUUUUCCUUGUCCAGCCUACAAGAAUCCGUCCGAUUACUACU